AUGCCCCUCGAUACAUCCUCCUACUCCCUCGCGCUGCUCCGCGUGGAUGGUCGCCGCUGGAACGAGCUCCGCAGAUGUCAAGCCCAGAUACGCACCCAGGCCGCUGCAGACGGCUCCAGCUAUCUGGAGAUGGGCAACACGAAGGUCAUGUGCGUCCUGACGGGUCCCACCGACCAGCAAGCUGCACGGCGCGCCCUCGGCGGCGGGGGAGGUGGCGCGGGCCAGAGGUCAGAGCAGGAAAAGGAGGCCGAGGUGGCCGUCAGCAUCGUGAUCGCGGGCUUCAGCUCAGUAGACCGCAAGCGGAGAGGGCGGAAUGACAAGCGAAUCGCAGAGAUGCAAUCUACAAUCUCACAUGCGCUCUCCUCGACUCUCCACACGCACCUCUAUCCCUACAGCACGAUUACAUUCUCUCUACACGUUCUCUCGCAGGACGGCAGCCUUCUCGCAUGUCUGCUCAACGCGUGCACGCUUGCCGCCAUCGACGCCGGCAUACCGAUGACGGACUACAUAGCAGCCUGCACGGCAGGAUCUACGUCAACAUACGCCGCCAAUGAUGAGGAUGCCGAUCCGCUGCUGGAUCUCAACCACCAGGAGGAACAGGAGCUCCCGAGCCUGACGGUCGCGACGCUGGGUACGAGUGACAGGGUUGUGGUGCUGGUGUGCGAGAGUCGCGUGCAGGUCAGGAGGUUGGAGGGCAUGUUAGCGGUGGGCGUGGAUGGGUGCAAGAAGGUGCGGGCGAUACUAGACAACGUGGUGCGGGAGAAGGGCGCGAGGAUGAUCAGGGAGGGCGCCAUUGAGAAGGGUACAGGACUGGAUGACAUGGACGUCGAUGGCUGA